AUGAAUAAGACACGACAAGGACGUAUGAAUCAGUUAGGCGGAGUGUUCAUUAACGGACGUCCUCUGCCGAAUCACAUCCGUUUAAAAAUCGUGGAGAUGGCAGCGGCUGGCGUACGGCCUUGUGUCAUCUCAAGACAGUUGAGGGUCUCUCACGGCUGUGUCUCUAAAAUACUCAAUAGAUACCAGGAAACUGGAUCUAUUCGCCCUGGUGUGAUAGGGGGAUCGAAGCCGAGAGUAGCGACGCCCGAAGUUGAAAACAGGAUCGAAGAAUUGAAGAGACAAAACCCAGGUAUAUUUUCCUGGGAAAUUAGAGAUAAAUUAAUAAAAGAAGGCAUAUGUGAUAAAAACACCGCGCCAUCAGUAAGUUCGAUUUCGCGACUCAUAAGAGGAGGCAAAAGGGACGAAUCAGAUCCUAGAAGGAACCACAGUAUAGAUGGUAUUCUUGGACCAUCGUCAUCGUGUGAGGAUUCUGAUACGGAGUCUGAGCCUGGUAUAACGUUAAAAAGAAAACAACGAAGAUCUAGAACAACCUUUUCUGGAGAUCAACUUGAAGCUCUCGAGCGAGCUUUCACUCGAACCCAAUACCCGGACGUUUACACUCGUGAAGAAUUAGCUCAAAAGACGAAGUUGACUGAAGCACGUGUUCAGGUAUGGUUCUCAAACCGAAGAGCACGUCUUCGCAAACAACUGAACUCACAACAAUUGAGUGCUUUCAAUACAAUGUCUUUACAAUCUGCAUUUCCCUCCGUUCAUCAACAAUACGAACCACCAACAACAUUUAACGCACAAUGUGCGUCUUGGCAACAAUCAUAUUCUGCUUUGGGUAGCAGUUCUGUUCUGAAUUCUGCUUUAGCACCUUCUUUACAUCAGUCUUCAUUAUCAGCUCCUUCUGUUUGUCAAUCAGCUCUUACAGCACCAUCCCUCCAUCCUCCCACAUCGAGUUCAUAUUCAUCAGGAAACUUGACGCCAUUGUCUCAUUCGUCUGAACUUCCAACACCUAUACAAGCACCUACUGAUGCUACACCACCAAGUUCAAGCCCAAUCACUUCCAGCCCAGCUGGAAAUCAAAGCGGCGGCAUUACUUACCAACAUCCAACUUACACCAAUAGUAGUGAUGUAGUUUCACACCCAUAUGGCUACGGUGACUACGCAAAACAAGAACAUAUGUCAGCACAUAAUCACUGGACUUCAAGACAACUGAGUGGACAUUCACAAAAUAAACUAGCAGAAGUCAGCGCUUGGCCAGAAAAUUAUAGUUCAUUCUUUGGCGCGAAUACUCACUAUGCAUCGCACGCGCAUUCACCUAGUGAAGCCAAAUCUGGUUAUCCGUAUAUAGGACAGCUUGGUGGAAUGGAUAUGGGGAGAGUACAUUGA